UUAAACUGGAAUAUGUUAAUUUUCUACUCAAUACUUCACUGUUUUUCAAUUCAAUUAGUAUUAAUUUGAAAGUCAUGAAAGGAAGUCGCGCGCUCCAUUGUCCUCUCCGUGUGUCUUGUCAGCGGCGGCGCUCCGGAUCAAAGGCUCGUUUGGCUUCCCAGUCGCGCGGUCCUGUGCUGAGUGUGUAGUCUGCUCUCGGUCUCUACGGACGCUGCUCUGUCUGGAUAUCAGCCGGUCUCUUUUUGAUUCUCUGGAUUAUAUUCAUCUGAUGGUUUUCAACUCUAACUCGAUGUAUAGAAAUGGGUAAACUGCACUCGAAACAUGCCGCUAUUUGUAAACCGAGGGAGAGUCCAGAAGGCGACAGUUUUGUAGUCAAUGCCUGUUUGGCGAGGAAAGGAAUCGAUGACUGGCUCGUGAAACAGAAAUACUACUGCACGAGCUCUCACCUCGAGCAACAGGACUGCCACCGAAAGAAUAGCUGCGGGUUGACUGGACGGCAGUGGUGUGUGAAACGUUUGGGCCCAGGAUGGAGGGGGGAGGGCGCUGCUGAAAGGGACUCCAUGACUGAUGCCUGUGCUGAGGGGAUUGGGGAUGAACACUAUCGUUUAGAAGUGGCUUUACCUCCAGAGAAGACAGACAGCUGCUGUGUGGAGGAGAAGAUGCAGGAGAGGGACAGCCAAUCUCCCGCAGGGCCACAGAAACAGCUCCAGUUUGAAGAACUGGAGUGUGCUGUGUCUGUAGAGGAGGACAACAGACAGGAGUGGACUUUCACCCUCUACGAUUUUGACAACAACGGAAAAGUUACAAGAGAGGACAUCACCAGCCUGCUCCACACCAUCUACGAGGUUGUAGAUGCCUCGGUCAACCAUUCUCCCGGAAGCAGCAAGACGCUGAGGGUCAAGCUGUCUGUGGCUCCUGACUCCAGCCAGCGGUGGAGGAGUUGUACGCAGGGUGCAGCAGAUAUGCCACACCCCCGAGAGAAAAAUGACAAGUGCAUCGAAGACCCCAAGAGUACAGACAAGAAGUCUCGUGCACUCCUCAGCAACACUAGUUUACUUUCUCCAAACUGCGACCUAAUGAGAGGUGCCGCUCGUGUCCACAGGCGCCACCACAGUGACCACCACACCCAGCCUGGCUGCCAGCGCCACUGUGUGGAUGAGAACCUGGAACGCAGGAACCACUACUUGGACCUGGCAGGCAUUGAAAACUACACUUCCCGCUUUGGAGCUGCACCUUCUGCAGAACCAACUAAAGCAGAGGCUCAGAUCCGUUCAUCCAACCAGGGUCGUUCUCGCUCUCAUGAGCCAGAAAAUGGCCAUUCCCACUCCCACCACCGCCGUUUGCAGACAGUAGUGGACACUGCUGUUUCAGAUAGCCUCCACCCAGCCCGGCCGAGAGGCCAAGACUCAGGUAGACAUGCCAUCCGCUCGCCGAAAACCCACAGCCGCACACCACAAGCGCAGAACAGCGGCAGGGUGAUGAGGAGCCGAGGCGUGCCCCCACCCCCAGCACUACCCAGCCAGACACCCCCUCAUCAGUCCACAGCCCCUUACCGCAAGCACAAACAGCGCUCCAAGGAUAGCCGCUAUCGGGCUUUAAGCGCUCUUGCAUCUCCAGGACCAGUGGUGGAGAAAGAACAGGUGAGAGACCUCCCCAGCGUGCUGCUCUAUGAGGGGGGACUUGCACAAGUGGUGCAGCGUCAUGAGCAUCACCAUCACCAUGAACACCAUCACCACUACCACCACUUUUACCAGUCUUGAAUUUCAACCCUGCCUGGGACAGCUCAGUACGCUGAAAGCCCCACAAAACCCCAACCAGGCCAGCAAGACACUGACUGCAGAGUUUCCUUCUUAAACACUGUGUGGUUCGGCCUGCAGGGGCACGGAAGUGGACACUGGACAUGUCCCAGUGUUGAAAUGUUUUUAAUCAGUGUUAUAGAGCUUGGUCAGGCAUACAAAAGCAUGUGUAAGCAGCAGGACAGAGAUUCAGGGCCACAGUGCAGCGGUACAGGGAUGAGGACCACAGCGAGGCUCCAGUGGAGGCACAGAGGGACCGGUUUUACAAAAAGCCUAGCCGUUUUCCAGCCUCCCGGCUCUGUGAUUCUCUACCUGAUGAACUUUACACCACCAAACCAGCACCACAACCUUUCCCAGACCACUAAGUCAAAGGAAAAGGAGGGACAAGAGGAAGAAGGACUGAUAUCAAGAAGGAAAUAUAUGAAGGAAUAUAAGUGAUAGGAGAGCAGGAUGUAUUGUGGAUUUGUCCAAAUUGUUGUGUCAAUGUGUGAAUGUUGCAAGAACGUGUGUUUGUGUGUGUGUUUCUGAGUGUCACGACACUGGUGUCUGUUGAAAACCACUUGAAGUGCACUCGUGGAUGAGUGAGUAUUUAAAACUGACUGUCAGGUGAGGUUUUUUAAAGAUGAAAUUUAAGAUUUAAGCAUGUGAUACCCUGUACGCAAAAAUGGGAAGGAAAAUGUUGAAAUGUUAUGAUAAAUCCCAAAUCUGCUGCUACCUCUAAUUUCAGCCUAAUUGUUGAUGUAAUGGCGACUUUAAUUAAGCAUUCAGCAGUUUAUUUUUUUUUAAAGAAGAGAAAUCGUGGCUUAGUUUUGAGUUUUGAAAUGUGGAAAUCUUACAUUUAUUAACUAACAUGUGCUGUACAUAAGGUAUAUAAUGUUAUCAGUUUUAUGGGCUUUAUUGAUAACGUGAUAUCUUUGUUUUCGCUAUCAGAAGCCAUCAUGUUUGAUUUUCUUCUCAGCUGCAUUUUUAUUCAGACCUCUAGGAGCUUCACUAGAAAUGUAUGUUUCUGUAAGUGACCCUGACCUAUACCCUCUUUUAUUCUCUGUUUAAACUUUUUCUUCUAACUUUAAUUAUGUAUGACUGAAUGACUACAAUCCCAGCUUUCAACAGUGCUACUUAGUGGCUUCAUCACAGUUAAGCAGUAGCAGAAAACUGCAGUAACAAAAACAAAAGGCUAAUUUGAAAAAUAUACCCGCUAAAGCUGCUGUUGCUCCUAUUGGUGACAAAACUGGAGUUAGUGGGAUAAUAACAGCGGAGCAAUAGAGUGCGCCUCUUGUGGUUCAGGCCUUUUCAAAAAUUUGCAUAAAUAUAAACCCUCUUACUUUACAUUUGGACAAUUAGAAGCUGGUGUAUUUAUUCAUCAAAGAUGGAGUUAGCCAUUUCAGUAGACUGUUUUUGUUUUCCUUUUUAAUGCAGGAAAUAUGCAGAAUAAGCACUGUUCUGCAGUGAUCUCUUUGAACUCUCAUGUUAAUGUUCUCCAUGAGUUGCAGCAGCUUAGUCACCCUGGCCCAUGGUCACACAGCUGCUCCCUGUUUCCAUGGCAUCCUCCUGUCCCCCAGCUGUCAGCAGGUCUUUCAGCGUGCCGCCAUGUGGCCUCAGCGCUCAGCCAGCAAGGCUCAGUUUGUGAUGCGGAGGGGCGAGGGUUCUUUCAGCUGUCUCAUUCCUCUGGUGCUGGAUAACACUGAGCUCGGCCCACAGUCUCCACUACACCCAUAACUCACUGCUGCUGUCCUGCCAGCACCAGAGACUGUCUGGUCAUCCUGUCCCCAAGCACACUUCACUGUCACCCGGGUUACUUGUGACCUGUCAAAAGCAGUGGAAUAAUCAGAAAGCAUUGGUAAGCUCACAUGUUCACUUUCAGCACCUCACGGUGUCACAUUGACAAAAAACUGCUCUUGUGCUGUUCCAGGUUUCUGUGAGGGUUUAAGUGUCCAGCUCAAGGGCAGCCAUGACAGGGAAAGGGCGCCGUCAUCAUGUGAAUUGUGCAAACCAGAUCCCAGGGCCCAGAAUUGUUCAAACUACAUCAUGCGCGUCAUGCUGCACUGUUGGGCAUGUUUGUGAUGAUCAGGAAUGCAGUGCAUGCCAGUCUUGUCUUCUCACAGCUGCAGGUCCUUUAGCAAAGGCACCAGUGAGACUGGUCAUCUCACCAGACCUAGUGGACCCAAUCACAGCUGCGUCCCAAGCCCUGGCUUCCUCACCUCCCAAGAUCUUUGCUGUACAACAUUUUCCUGCUACUGAAGUGCUUAUUAUUGUGACUUCUUGGUCAGUCGUUUUACCUCAUCUGAAGUCUUAAAAUAUAAACAAUGUGGAGGUUGUCGUCUUGUUGUGUUAACAGACUGCAAGUGGGUAACUUUUUGUCCUGCAGGGUGGUCUGAUUUGACACAGCAAAGAAUUUGGUUGAGUCAGACCUAAGGUCAGGUGGCAGUUUGCAAAUUCUUGUUCUCCCAAAAGAGCUUUACUUAACACAGACAACUCCAUAUUGGAUCUUAUCGCCCUGCUAUAUUUAUAGGCUCACCUGAACACCCCUCACAUUAAAUUUGACAAAGGGCACCUCAACAGCAUUUGUUAGGGUUAGCAAAGCAGUUCAUUUUUUUCACACAUUUUUAUAAAAACUCUUUUUCUAACCCUCAUUCUCCAAGUCAGUGCUGUCAUUAUCCUUUCUGCCACCCUACAGGUAGAGAUCUGUUUUUUUGUGUAGAAGAAAAAUUCUCUUUCAGAUUUGUUGUCUCUUUGUUUAACUCAGUAUCAGUCAAAGUCAACCAGGAUUUUUCUUUCCUCUGUUGUCAUCUGUUUGUCAGGUUAAUACAUGUGCAUGAGUGCAACAUUUUAUUUCAAAUCAGUAAUGCUUCUGGCAAUUUUUGAGUCAUGUCACUCAAACUGCUUUAAAAUAACUAUUUUAAACUUUUAUUAAGAAUUGCCCAUCAACUCUAUCACAAUAUUUAAAACACCACUUUCUUUGUCAGGUCUGUGUGUCACAUGUACAAUAUAUUGUGGACUACAGAAAAACUGAAGCAACAUCAUGUAGAAAGAAUGUCUCUUUUAGGAUUUAAAAAAAGUUCUUGUACCUGGCUUUUGCCAGGCUGGUCCCACUCAGCACGGGGGAAUAAUAAUGUGUCUCUCCGCUUACACAGACAUGCGUUCACUCGCUGUUGUAAACUUUUUUUAACCCUUGUUCUCUGUUCAGCCAUCCCACUUCCUCUUAAUGUUCCUUUUUCAUGACUUUGUUUAGUUUUUGUAUAGGCGAAUCUUUCGUGACGUCAGUGUUUACCUUUUGCCGCAUUGCAUCACGGUAUUGGGUGGCAAGAAGCUGCAUACCUGCAAGCCUCACUGGUACACGCAGCUGUUGAAAGUCCUAUCCUGACCGCUGUUUCUACUUUAAACAUUAAAGCUGCUACAUGACUGCAUGUUUCUCCUAGACUGGAUUUGAAAGAAAAAUUUUGUAAGAUGUUAUGAUCGUUUUUCACGAUAGACCAAACGCCAUUUAAAUUAUAGUUAACAGGACCAAUAAAAUUGAAAAA